AUGGAGGGCGCUCAUUGGUCUCACCCGUUCCCCUCAUUGUUCCCGCGCGGGAUGAAAAGGGAACGAACAGGAGGCGGGGCUCUCCUCGGGGAUGUUAUGCACCUGACGCUGUCAAUUGAUCACUAUCCCGGAAUCAGAUCACACGUGGGUCGAUUAAUUAUCGUGAUGAGCGAGGAACUCGAGGAUAAUGGUCAGACGGACGCAAAAACCGCGGAAACGUUACAAGCACCGCGACCGUCUUCGCCGCGGAAAUUCUUUGCUAGGAUUUACGGGCAUCUCGAGGAACCUAAGCGACCGAGUGUGGUGGAUAACGUGCAGGGGUUCGAGAGCGACUCUUCCUCGGACGUGGAAAUAGGCGAGAGUGAGGGGUCAGUGGAGCUGCAGGCCAGGGAGCCCCAGCUGUGGCCGCCGCCGCCGCCGCUGCCGCUGUGUCCGCGCCCCAUGCUGCUGCCGCACCAACAACUAGCUUUUGGAGCUGGUCUUGCUGCGUUUCUGGCUCGGAGACGCCGCAAGGAGAGUCGGCCACGUCGACAGCGCACCACCUUCUCUGCACAUCAGACUCUUCGGCUGGAACUGGAAUAUGCGAGGGGCGAAUAUGUUGCUCGGGCGAGAAGAUGCGAACUGGCAUCUGCAUUAUCUCUCAGCGAGACACAAGUGAAGAUUUGGUUUCAAAACCGAAGAGCUAAAGACAAAAGAAUUGAGAAAGCACAACUAGAUCAACAAUACAGGCAAACAUUUAGCAGCAGCAUCUGGGUUGUUCCCGAGUGUCCUGUCUCCUGCGUACUGCACACCGCCCACUUGCCCCUGCCUUCCUGUCCAGCACCCACCGACAAUAAACGAUAA